AUGUAUGUGAAAUGGUUUGAUACAGUAAUGUAAUGUUUUACUAUGUUAUUUUAGUGAAUUUAGUGAAUGUCACUUUUUGUCAUUUCAAAUUUCCCACCGUUCCAUCCCCCGUACAUCCCGACGCUCGCAGGGGACGGAACCCAGAUGACAGAUGCCGGCAUCCGCCGGAUUACAUUGCCGGGGACACUGCAGGAGGGACAUCACGGGAGCGCAGGACAAGGUAAGUGAUUGAGGGAUCGCGGAGCAGCGCCGCAUGGUAAGCCCAAGUGUAGCUUGGGGUUACCGCUUGUGCUACACUCGGGAAUACCGCCAGGGAGGUUA